AUGGUAACGGAAAAGGCGGCAAUAGUGGCAAGGGAAACAAACCAACAAGAGGACGAGGAAAGGACCUACCCACAACAAGAGUACGAGGGAAGGACCUACCCACAACAAGAGUACGAGGAAAGGACCUACCCACAACAAGAGGACGAGGAAAGGACCUACCCACAACAAGAGGACGAGGGAAGGACCUACCCACAACAAGAGACCUACCCACAACGACGGGAAGGACCUACCCACAACAAGAGUACGAGGAAAGGACCUACCCACAACAAGAGUACGAGGGAAGGACCUACCCACAACAAGAGUACGAGGGAAGGACCUACCCACAACAAGAGGACGAGGAAAGGACCUACCCACAACAAGAGGACGAGGAAAGGACCUACCCACAACAAGAGUACGAGGGAAAGGACCUACCCACAACAAGAGUACGAGGAAAGGACCUACCCACAACAAGAGGACGAGGAAAGGACCUACCCACAACAAGAGUACGAGGGAAGGACCUACCCACAACAAGAGUACGAGGGAAGGACCUACCCACAACAAGAGUACGAGGGAAGGACCUACCCACAACAAGAGUACGAGGGAAGGACCUACCCACAACAAGAGUACGAGGGAAGGACCUACCCACAACAAGAGGACGAGGAAAGGACCUACCCACAACAAGAGUACGAGGGAAGGACCUACCCACAACAAGAGGACGAGGGAAGGACCUACCCACAACAAGAGUACGAGGGAAGGACCUACCCACAACAAGAGUACGAGGAAAGGACCUACCCACAACAAGAGCCAGCCCGGGAUUCAUCAACCAUUGACGCAUCAACUUACCAACCUAUACAUCUUUUCUCAAUCUUUAUUGGCUUCAUUUACAAUAGUUAA